CUAGUAUAAUGUAGCUAGCUGGUUUCUCCCAACAUCGCCGCCUUACCGUCCUGCUCUAACCUGCCGUACAUGCAUGCCCUGCCUCACGGUGGGCAUACAUGCAUACACAGUCCAUACUAUACUUAUACUUACAUACAUACAUACAUAUUACAUACUAUGCUAAUUACACCCAUCCACUUGCCGCAGUCGGCAUCAUGACCUUUCCCUCCCAACCAUACCAUACCAUCCCAUCCCAGCUCCCAGCUCCCAGCUCCCGUCAUUUCCCCGGUCCGGCCCUGUCCCGUCUUGGUCUUGUCGACGAGCUAUGUACUACCUACGCACUGCAUCCAUGACUAUUAUCCAUGACUUAUCGAUACUGAUACUAAGUUCUAACUCAACGCACCACGCACCACACGCCGGGCAACGAGUCA